AUGGUUAGAUACAGUAAACUUCCUUUCAGAGAAUUAGUUCGAAAGUACAAUACAGACAUUGUAUACACACCCAUGAUUCUCGCCGAUGUAUUCAAGAACUCUGAGUUUGCCCGUAGCUCAGACUUUUCAACUAAUGCUCUCGAUGACCCUGUGGUUGUUCAAUUCGCCGCAAACAACGGAGCUGAUCUUGCUGAUGCAGCUGAGCUUGUAUCCCCUUAUGCAGGCGGUAUCGAUAUCAAUUGUGGCUGUCCUCAAAAAUGGGCUUAUCAAGAGAAAAUUGGUGCUUUUUUGAUGCAAGAUCCCGAAAAUGUUCGAGAUAUGAUCCGUACUGUCAAAGGUCGAGUCAAUAUACCCUGUAGUAUCAAAAUUAGAGUCCAUGAUGAUUUAAAAACUACCUAUGAAUUUGUAAAGAGAGCUGAAGCAGUCGGUGUCGAUUUCUUGACCGUGCAUGGACGUACUAGACUUCAAAAAAACACAGAACCCGUCAAUUUUGAAGGAAUCAAACUUGUUAAAGAAUCAAUUAAUGUGCCAGUAAUUGCAAACGGUAGUAUAUUCUCUAUAAAGGAUGUGGAUGAAAUGUAUGAAAAGACAGGAGUGGAUGGUGUGAUGUCGGCAAGAGGUUUAUUACAAAAUCCCGCUUUAUUUGCAGGACAUGAAACUACACCUUGGGAAUGUAUAGAAGACUAUGUGCGCUUGGCAUUAGGAUAUGGUACAAACUCAUUCAUCUUUCACCACCAUUUAAUGUUCAUGUUCGAGGAUAUUAUGAGCAAUGCAGAACGUAAAACAUUCAACACACUUUCCAGUAUACCGGCUAUUUUAGACCAUUUAGAAGAGCAUUGGGGAUUCGACUCAUCAAAAUUAUUAUAA